AUGGCGCGCGCGGCGGGGCCCGAGCGGCGGCUCCUGGCCAUCUACACCGGAGGCACCAUCGGCAUGCGGAGCGAGCGCGGCGUGCUCGUCCCCGGCAAGGGCCUGGCCGCCGUUCUGAGGACACUGCCCAUGUUCCACGAUGAGGGGCACGCCCAGGCCUGUGGCCUCCCCGAGGACACCUUAGUGCUGCCCCCCGCCUGCCCCGACCAGAGGGUCAUGUACACGGUGCUGGAGUGCCAGCCUCUCUUUGACUCCAGCGACAUGACCAUCACUGAGUGGGUUCAGAUCGCCCAGACCAUCGAGAGACACUACGGGCAGUACCAUGGCUUUGUGGUCAUCCAUGGCACCGACACCAUGGCCUUCGCCGCCUCCGUGCUCUCCUUCAUGCUGGAAAACCUGCAGAAAACUGUCAUCCUCACUGGUGCUCAGGUGCCCAUCCACGCCCUGUGGAACGACGGCCGUGAGAACCUGCUGGGUGCCCUGCUGCUGGCUGGCCAGUACGUGAUCCCCGAGGUCUGCCUGUUCUUCCAGAACCAGCUGUUUCGGGGCAACCGAGUGACCAAGGUGGACACGCGCAGGUUUGCGGCCUUCUGCUCCCCCAACCUGCCCCCUCUGGCCACCGUGGGCGCGGAUGUCACAAUCAACUGGGAGCUGGUGCGGAAGGUCCGUGGGCAGGGCCGGCUGGUGGUGCACAGCAGCAUGGAGCACAACGUGGGCCUGCUGCGCCUCUACCCCGGGAUCCCCGCCACCCUGGUCCGGGUCUUCCUGCAGCCCCCCCUAAAGGGCGUGGUUAUGGAAACCUUCGGAUCGGGAAACGGGCCCACCAAGCCUGACCUGCUUCAGGAGCUGCGGGUGGCAGCUGAGCGAGGCCUAGUCAUUGUCAACUGCACCCACUGCCUUCAAGGCGCCGUCACCUCGGACUAUGGCGCUGGCACGGCCCUGGCGGGAGCCGGCACCAUCUCAGGCUCCGACAUGACAUCAGAGGCGGCCCUGGCCAAGCUGUCGUAUGUGCUUGGCCUGCCGGGGCUGAGCCUGGAUGGCAGGAAGGAGCUGCUGGCCAGGGACCUGCGCGGGGAGAUGACGCCGCCUGCCGCGGACAAGCUCUGGCCCUCUCUGCGGGGCAGCACGCCGGGCCGCGGGGUGGCCCAGCUCCUUAGUCUGAGCCAGGAGGCUGAGGACGUGCGAGAUGCCCUGGCACCCAGUCUGGCCUGUGCCGCGGCCCACGCCGGUGAUCUGGAGGCCCUACAGGCGCUUGCAGAGCUGGGCAGUGACCUGAGCCUGGAGGACUUUGGUGGUCAAACUCCGCUGCACUCGGCCGCCCGAGGGGGCCAGGCUGGGGUGGUCACCAUGCUGCUGCAGAGAGGGCUGGACGUGAACGCACGGGACAAGGAUGGCCUCAGCCCGCUGCUGCUGGCCGUGAGGGGCAGGCAUCAGGGUGUCAUUGGGCUGCUGCGGGCGGCUGGGGCCUGCCUGUCCCCCGAGGAACUGGAGGACUCGGGGACAGAGCUCUGCAGGCUGGCAUCCAGGGCAGACUGUGAAGGCCUGCGGGCAUGGUGGCAGGCAGGGGCCGACCUGAGGCAGCCGGGCUAUGAUGGGCGCAGCGCCCUGCAUGUCGCAGAGGGAGCUGGGAACCUGGAAGCGGCGGCCCUGCUUCAGAGCCUUCAGGCCCUGGGCCCAGGGCCUCUGCGGUGUGCCGGCCCCUUGGCCCCGUUCAUUGCAGCCCCUGAUCUGCUGGUAGCGCGGGACCUGCUGCCUCUUAUGAGCCAGGCCCAUCCUGGGGAGCCUGGUGUCAGUGCCUUACCAGAGGCCCCGCUGGGGCUGAAGUCAGGUGUUUGGACCCACGGCCUGAACCGGAAGCACCGGAAGCAGUCCGAAAGCCGGCCAGUGGAGGAGUGCCCACUGGAACCCGGUGUCCCCGGGCGAGAGCACUCGCUGCACUGGCUUUUCCCCAAGUGGGUCAUCGAGGGCAGGGGAGAGGCUUCUGCCAGCGGGGCAGAUGCGGGGAGCUCCCCUCCAGGCCCCCAGUUCUCAGGCCCCUCCACACGUUUGGGGGAUGCAGAGCCCUACAAUGAGCGGCUCCUGGACUGGGCAGUGCCGCGCAAGGUGGGGGGGUAG